AUGACCAACGCCACCACUGCCACCACCACCACAACCAACCCCCCAAUCCUCCCCGCCAACAACCCUCUCCUCCCCUUCUGGCGCACCGACCUCGACCCCCUCGACAAUCUCCGCACCACCCCAUCCCUCCCCCAACAAAGCGACAUCGUGAUCAUCGGCGCCGGCUACGCGGGCGUCACCCUAGCAUACCACCUCCUCAAACAGCAGGACGAAUCCCAACCCCAACCCCAUCACCCCACCAUCACCCUCCUCGAAGCCCGACAGGUCUGCUCCGGCGCAACAGGUCGAAAUGGUCUGAUCUCCUCCCAAAAUAUUACUUUACCCCCCUCAACCUUGAACCUAGUCUGCGGAACUAACAUUCCGGCGCUGAAUCUAGGCGGCCACCUCCGACCCGACAUCUACGGCAACAUCCCCACCUACAUCGAGCGCCACGGGCUCGAAGCGGGCGUCGAAGUCGCGGAUUUCGAAUGGGAUCAUAUCCAAGCGCUGAGGGAUCUCCUCCGGGAAGAAGAGAUCGAUUGCGAGUUUAACCUCACCCGCAACAUGAAUGUGUAUUUUGAUGAGCAGGCCGGCGAGAAGGCAAAGAGCACGCUGGAUAUGCUGGUUGCGCAGGGAGUGAAGCUUGCGAAGGAGUUGCAUUUUACGACGGGGGAGAGGGCCGAGAGGAUCUCAGGCGUCAAAGGCACUAAGGCCUGUAUCUCGUAUACUUCGGGAACCCUAUGGCCGUAUAAAUUCAUCCUGGGCUUAUUGUCGAAAAUUGCGGACUCCCCGGCGUUGAACGUGCAGACCCAGACGCCCGUCACGUCUGUAACCACAGCGGAAGAGACGACAGAAACACAUACGAUCCACACGCCCCGAGGUACUAUCCGCGCCGGAAAGGUCAUCUACGCGACAAACGCAUACACCGCGGGCCUGCUGCCCGAGUACUCGGCCAACAUUGUGCCCUGUCGCGGCAUAUGUUGCCACAUUGCACUUCCGGAGGGCAAGACGGCGCCGUUUCUGCCGUACUCGUACGCGCUGGGCACGAAGAAGGGGCUUUCCGGGGGAAGUUACUUGAUUUCUCGAUCCGAUGGGAGUAUUAUUGUGGGUGGGGCGUCGCAUACGUUUAAGAGUGCCCGUGAGGAGUGGUAUAAUGUGGUUGAUGAUACGACGCUGAUUGAGACCGCCAAGGAUUAUUAUAAUGAUUAUAUGCAGCGGACUUUCAUCGGCUGGGAGGAUAGUGGGGCGUAUGUGAAGGAGAUUUGGACUGGGAUCAUGGGGUAUUCGUAUGAUACGAGCCCUCAUAUCGGCGAUGUCCCCAAUCGGCCCGGGCAGUAUGUCUGCGCGGGCUUCAAUGGCCACGGUAUGCCGGUCAUUCUUCUGGCCGCGAGGGAACUGGCGGAUAUGGUUCGGACUGGAAAGAGCUUCGAGGAUACCAAGAUGCCUCGCUUGUUUAAGACUUCGGCGGAGAGGAUCCAGAGGGCCCGGAGUGGUCCGGAGGGGGGCGAUAUUUUUGCAUAG